GACCAUCUAAAGUAUCUUUUAUCUAGGUUAUCAAGAUAAUUUUAACAUUGCAUUAAAAUGAUGACGUUUAUCGCAUGGAAGCCUAUUUAUAAAAUACAAUAAUUUGCGUUCGUGUUCAAUUUUUUCAUAUAAUGCGAGCGACGCAAGCAGUCUUUUAUCUUGUGUUGUAAUUUUAUGAUUCAUUACUGCAAUCAUGCUUCAAAUAUUGGUAAAAUUUAGUAUUCUACAAGUAUUAUUUACUUUUGCAAUUGUUCAAUCAUUUUAUCUACCCGGCUUAGCGCCAGUAAAUUACUGCAUACCUGGGGAGCAAUCAGAUACUUGUAAAUCUCAAGUUAAAUUAUAUGUGAACCGCUUAAAUACAGAGGAAUCAAUAAUACCUUAUGAAUAUCAUCAUUUUGACUUUUGUGUAAGUGAUGAAAGUAAUUCACCAGUUGAAAAUCUUGGACAAGUUGUUUUUGGAGAGAGAAUUCGACCUAGUGCUUACACAAUUGAAUUUUUAAGUAACAAAAAAUGUAAUGUUGCUUGCACUAAGGAAUAUAAAGGUGGUGAUGUUGAAAGUGAGAGAAAGCUGACAGAUCUGAAAAAAGGAAUGAGUCUGAACUAUCAGCACCAUUGGAUUGUUGAUAAUAUGCCUGUGACUUGGUGCUAUCCUUUAGAAAAUAAUAGGCAAUAUUGUUCUACUGGAUUUCCAAUGGGCUGUUAUGUUAAGCCAGGACAAUUGGAUAGUUGUGCUGUAAACCCGGCUUAUCGCAAACCUGAUACAUAUUAUUUAUUUAAUCACGUAGAUUUGACUAUUACAUACCAUAGUGCUGAUAAAGAAGAUUGGGGUAGCUCUGUCUCUGAGAAUAGUGGACGUAUUAUAUCCGUUAAGGUGAUGCCAUCAAGUAUACAUUAUGCUGAUAUUAAAAACCCUGACUGCUCUAAACAAGAUACUCCAUUAGAAAUUUCUUCAAAACCAUUAGCUAGCAAUGAGGAGUUAAAAAUUGCAUACACAUAUUCCAUAACUUUUCAAAAAAAUAAUACUAUUAAAUGGUCUUCAAGAUGGGACUACAUUCUAGAAUCUAUGCCUCAGACCAAUAUUCAGUGGUUUAGUAUCUUGAAUUCGUUAGUAAUUGUAUUAUUUUUAAGUGGCAUGGUUGCCAUGAUUUUACUAAGGACUUUACAUAAAGACAUUGCCAGAUAUAACCAAAUGGAAUGUGGUGAAGAUGCUCAGGAAGAAUUCGGUUGGAAACUUGUUCAUGGAGAUGUAUUUCGACCACCACGUAAGGGGAUGCUUUUAUCAGUCUUAUUGGGUUCAGGAAUUCAGGUAUUCUGUAUGACUUUAGUUACUUUGGCAUUUGCUUGCCUUGGAUUUCUAAGUCCUGCUAAUAGAGGUGCUCUGAUGACUUGUGCUAUGGUAUUAUAUGUUUUAUUGGGAACUCCAGCAGGAUAUGUAUCAUCUCGUAUUUAUAAAAGUUUUGGAGGCGAAAAAUGGAAAUCAAAUGUUAUCUUAACCAGUAUGCUCAGUCCAGGGAUUGUUUUUUGUCUAUUUUUCCUGUUGAACUUAAUUUUAUGGGGCAAGGGCAGUUCAGCGGCUGUUCCAUUCAGUACUUUAAUUGCUCUGCUUGCUUUAUGGUUUGGUGUAUCAGUUCCACUCACUUUCAUAGGAUCAUAUUUCGGAUUCAGGAAAAGGGCACUGGAGCAUCCUGUUCGUACAAACCAAAUUCCAAGACAAAUACCAGACCAGUCAAUAUAUACACAGCCUAUCCCUGGAAUUAUAAUGGGCGGUUUGCCAUUUGGAUGCAUUUUCAUUCAAUUAUUUUUUAUCUUAAAUUCUUUGUGGUCAAGCCAAAUGUAUUAUAUGUUUGGUUUCCUAUUUCUAGUUUUCUUAAUUCUUGUGAUAACUUGCUCGGAAACAACUGUCCUUUUGUGCUAUUUCCAUUUAUGUGCUGAAGAUUAUCAUUGGUGGUGGAGAUCCUUCCUAACAUCAGGAUUCACGGCCGUUUAUCUGUUUAUAUAUUGUUGUCAUUAUUUCGCCACAAAGUUAUCCAUAGAAGACACUGCAUCGAUUAUUCUUUAUUUUGGUUACACCCUUAUUAUUGUAUUUUUAUUCUUUUUAUUAACAGGCUCAAUUGGAUUUUUUGCUUGCUUUUGGUUCAUUAGAAAAAUUUAUAGUGUUGUCAAGGUUGAUUAAAUGCACAUUAAAUUUUAAACAAAUUUAUUUUUAAGAAAAAGAUGGUAUGUGAAUUUAUAAAUUUUGUACUACUUCAUGUAUUAAGCAUUUUGUAUGAAUAUUAUGUAGUCGAUGUGUCUCUAAUAUAUUACUGUUGAGCAACAUAUUUUUAUAGAUAAGAGUAGAUGUAAUAAUUCAUUUUAAGAAUUGAGUUACUAGAAUUAUUCUAUUAUGCUGUAUUAUAUGUUAAUAUAACUAUAUUAAAAGAAAAAUUAAUAAUAUUAAUGCAUCUUUUAAUAAACUGAAAAGAACAG